AAUGAAUUGUACUUGCCAGGUGCUUGAGGACAACAUUUGGCAUGAAAUAGCUGGCAUGACAUGAGUUUGCAGGCAGUGUUUUAUUUCCUAUUCUUCUAGACCUUCCCAUUGUAUUAAGGGACUAAACAGGAACCCGUUUCAGAGGGCGUCAAAUAAUCCAAGGGAAUGGUUACAGAUAUAUUUGCAAUAUAUUAAUAUUAUUAAGAUGUUUAACUAGAGCAGGAUUGCAUAUGGGAUAUUAUCCUAAAUAAUAACAGCAGUGGAGAACUGAAAUGGAUCUGGAACACUCACUGUGGAGACACUGGGAAAAUCUGGGAAAAGUCAAGGCACAUUUGAGUGACCAAGCCAGGUGAACCUGUGGCCAGACUAGGAAUAAAUACAGUGGCAACCAGUGAUCCCAUGGGAAGAGAAAGGAGAAGAAAGGAAGAAAAGCAACAGAACAGUGUGUUCCAUCUGGUCCAGAGGCUGGGAGCAUUUGGGGUGAAGAAGUGGACUACCACAGCAAUUGAUCGUACCUGUCAAAGAAACAACAGUAAAAGAGUGAACAGCCUUGUUUCCACUCCCACCCCAGCAGUGGCAGUCCCUGUGCACUCUGCAGAGUGUUGUCCCUCCAGCAAGGCCAGAAGAAGACCCUUCCUCCUGUGCUGCUCCCCAUUCUGCUCACAGACAUCCAGUAAUAAAAUGUAUCUUGAAGAAAGGAGGUUAUGGACAUACCCAUCUACUGCAGCCAAGGCAUCUACAAGGACGCCUGGGAUCCACAAUACAAGGGAGAACGUGGUGUGGCAGUCACAGCAUUGGAAUAAGUGGAAACUUCCAGUCAUAGAAGGAGAAAGCCUGAGGCCUUUGAAAAGUCUUUGCUUUAUGAAGUGUGGCUCCUGUGCUCUGCCCUGCAGUCCUAUCUGCAUGUACAAUUAUAACCCUUCAGCUCAAGAUCUAUAUUGUAAAAUUCUGCCAGGCAAGAUACUGAGUGCAUAUGUUUAUCUGAAUUUCUAUUCAGAGACAGAAAUUAUAUUUAUACCUUUACAUGUACUGUAAAUUUUCUGUAACAUGCAUAAAGCAUUAAAACAUGCUUAUGUAAAAUAGAGCACAUGAAUAUCUUUGAUCUCCAGGAGUAUUAAUCUCUCCUGCUUGCAUUAGUUGCUGCUUCAUAAACAAAAUAUUUCUUCUACCACCCCAAAUAUUUCAGGCCAGCACAAAUCGCAGGACACUUUGUCACUGAAGAUGGUUUUGAGACUUGUGGUUGCUUGAUACUGUGAAAUGUAUACACAGGGACAUCAUAAGGUAAGACUGUUCCUUAGGUAAAUAAUUUGAAACAGACACUAUUUGAAAUAAGGAAAACAGAAGAAGAAGAGUAGGUAUUGCUUACCGUGCUCUCAGGCUGCUUUUUGAUUGAUAUUUCAGGUUAGGAGUAAAUUGAUCACAACUGUAGCAAAUCAGCUGAAACAUAAGCAGAACAUGCUGCAAUGUUCCAUCUUGGACUGUUCCUGGAGUGGUCUGUGGACUCAAUGAAAGCACAGAUGCUUUGCCACCAUCACUUAGAUGUAAUCAUGGCCUCUUAUCUCCAAUCAUUAUGCAGUUCUACUUCUGUUUUUAUUGACUCCUAAAGAUUUUGCGUUAUUUAACCAAACCUGUGAUUAAACCCAUGUUUUAAGUGGAGUAUCUACAAAUUUGGGUGUGGGGUUUUCCCUUGAGUUUUCUGAUACCAAGUUUGAAAAUCAUCUUUCUUUAUGUGUAAAGUGCGAUUAAAAUCUUCACUUCUCCUAA